AUGGUCGUUGGACGUCUCCUCAUCCUCCUACAUCACGACAUGAGCGAAGUACCACCAGUGCUCGAAAGCCCGGCGGCGACAGGCGGCACGGCGGGCACGGCGACGGCAACGGCGGCGGCGAGCCGAAACGCAGAACCGGCGUGGCGGCGGCCGUCACCGCGGCCAGCGACGCCGCGCGCAACGCGAGGCGUGUCCGCCCCGGCGGCAGGCGGGAGCACGCCGAUAGUGGCCAAGCAGACGACGAGCGGGGCCGAGCGCACGGCGUUACCGGAACCGGCGACGACAACAGCAAAGGCACCCAGCUCGUCGUACCCGGCGGCACGGGCAGCGGCCACGCACAAGCAACGCGCACCCGUCCUGGUCCCACCCACACUCGAGCCGGCGCAGCGGCCCACCGCAACCCCGCCCAAGCGCCCCGCCCCCGCAAGCGACGACUCGGACAUCGAGUACACGGGCAGCACGCCGGCGCGGCCCCGGGAGCGCAAGCGCGACCACGACCGCGAGCGCGACCACAAGCCCAAGCGGGAGCGGGAGACUAAGAGUGAACGCCUGCCCAAGCGUGAGCCCGAGGCCAAGAGUGAACACAAGCCCAAGGCCAAAGUCCGCCGAGUCGACCGGCAACCCGUCCCCGUCCCCGCUGCACGUACCCGCGCCGACACGCCGCUGCGCGAGCUCUCCCCCGCCGCCAUGCCGCCCCAGGUCCCAUUCGUCCCUGCAGACAACGGCCCGCGCGUCCGCGGACGCGGGUGCCGCGUGCUCGCUCCCGCUGUGCGGCGCAACCUCCUGCACCUCCUCCUUGGCGGCGUCGUCGGGAGAAGGGCGCAACCCCUCGACCAUGUACACCGCGUCGCUCCGCACCUCCGGCUGCGCGGCUGGGAGGACGUCGCGGCCCAUGUUGGCGCGCGGCCGGCUGAUGUUGAGCGCGUGCGCCAGGCCGCUGCGGACAUGAUGCGCUUCCAUGCCGACAGUAUUCAUUGGGAGGGGCAGCCGUAG